UCACAAUUCAAGGUGACUGAACAAUAUGGCUCCAAUGAAGCCAACUUCCGAGAAUGGGCUUGCGCCAACACGCCCUCGCCUACAGGCUGUCAACCAGAAUUUCUCAGACCUGAAUGAACAGAUCCGCCAAGUCGCGCAUAUAAUAGGCCUCCCUGACAGCUGGGCGACUGUAGAAGAUGAAGGCGCUCGGUCAGACAUGGUACGGCAACUUGUCCGCGCAAGAGCAGAAUGGGUUUUGCGCUGGGUGCUCGACAAGCUGAAAGACGAGGCCGAAGCUGGACACACGGCGCGGGCAAACACGACGGCAUGGAAGCUCUUGGACUGGAUGAUACACGUCCUGCCCGUCUCGCGCAGCGCACCGCAUCUGCGAGACGCGGCCUUCACCACCAUCUUGGAGAGAACUCUGGUGGAAAUGGUCGACAAGGACGCUGCCGUUCACUCAGUACCCAUUUCCGACGACGUCCACAUGGCCGACAUGUCAGAGUCGAGCGAAACUGUUGGCGACGACUCGCAGCCGUCGCGGAAACGAAAGCGAGGAGCCGCCGACUCGACCUCUCCCUCGAAGAGAGCAGCAGUCGCAUCCAUCGACCUCGAGCAGCUAUUCAGUGUAAUUGCGACUGCAGUCAGGUCCAUCACAGGACUUGCUGCCACUCACAACAAGACGGAUGACUCCUCACAGCGAGAGCUCAUGAAGAUGGUGUUGAGAACCGAGAGUGCACAAGCAUCUCGCAUACUAAAGUUCUGGCUCACCUGUGUUCAGAAACUUGCUGGUGUCGCGUUAUCUUCAGGACUGCAUGCACCAAAUCUCGAUAGAUAUCUUGACCUUUCCCUAGCUCUGGAAGUCUGGGAACUGCGAACUGUCGAUUCGGGCGAUGAGAUGGGAUCCUCCGCUGACGAGUUCACCACGGAGUGUCUCGUUCCUGCCCUAACGCUCCUCGACGCCCUUAAAAGCACACACAACCUUGAAUUCAUCCCGUCUUCUACCCGUUCGAUCAAUCGCACCACACAGGCAAUCGAAAAACUCCUGGCUCGACACCUGCUUGCGCCAUCACGCGCUGCUUUCUUCGCCGAGACUCUUGCGGAGUCUGCGAAUCCCGAACCCAGCCCUCUCGAGGCGAAGCAGCUAGCAGACAGUCUGCAACCACUGCGAGCAAAGUUACUCCAAGCAGCACAGAUUGAGGAUGCAGGCGAAGCUGUCCCGGCUGACGUGGCCUGCUUGUCCAACGCCGUCUCGCAUCUGCUCGAUCUAGCUAUACGUGCAUCUCCAUCGAAGACGCCAAGGAGCAGGAUUGCAGAAAAACCGUGGAUCCAAGCAGUCUUCGUGACACUUGUUGAAUGCGCCGGAUGCUCACUCAAAGAGCCGCCUGAGUUUGUCACGUCAAACACCGCUGUUACUGCCCUUGGAAGUGCUGUUCGCGUGCUCCAGAUCCAUAACAUAAGCAUCAAAUCGGAUGUCUUGAAGAACAUCUUUUGGUACCACUCUGGCGUAAAGUACCCAAAAAAUCAGGAGAAGGAGGUGCAUUGGUCGUUGAUUGCUGCAUUGAUCGAGCUCGACCCCACGGUCUUUGUAGCAGAACCAAAGUCCAUAUCCGGGGCUACUAGGGAGCAGCAUACCGGUCUGGCUCAGUUCAUCUUCGAGCAAAUAUCGAAUACUGAGUUCAAGAGCCCAGGAUUUGCCAAUGACGAUCGCGACGCUGAUGGCUUAGACAACAGCCAUACCGGCCACCGCGCGCAGACUGCGCCUCGGGUUCAACGGACACUAAUAUUGAAACGUAUUGUUGUUCCAAUCAUGUCGGCUUUCGCGCGCAACCGAAAUCUAUUGGGCUUCCUCGGACGGUGGGACAACCAACUAGUCAAGAGCUACAGAUUUGAGAAUCGGCAAAACUUGAAAGAGCGCAAGGAUCUCAUCUGGGAAGAUCGCACUUUGAACAAGGCCUUGGUGGAGCUGUUUGAGCAGAGUCUGACGCAAGGUCAGAUAGCAAAGCUACUCCAGGAUCAUGCGAAACGUAUGGAUGAUCUAGGUGAUGCUAUAGCGUCUGCAUCUAAAGACGGUGUUAAGGUUCAAAAGCUCGCCGCCUAUAAGAAUGCGCUCAGCAGUGCUAUUAUCAUCCCAGCCAUCUUGCAAUCAAUCGGAUCCGACGAGAUCAUCGGGGCACUCAAGCCACAGCUCCGCUCCCUCCUCAGAUCUUACACCGCGUGGGUACAGGACGACCAGUACAGCGUUUACUCAAAGCUCGCCCUCUCAUGGUUCACGUUAUGUCAACUGCUGACAAAGUUGUGGCCCAUCGAGUUACAUGCCUCUGCGCAGAUCCAAGAAGAGCUGCUUCACCCACUUGUCAAACAAGCUACAGUGGACAUGUCUUCCACACGGAAAGAUCAAAACGGCAGACGUGUAGACUCAUUCACACGAGCAGCGGCUAUGUUGUUUCUGCUUGAUGCUUGCGACUACCUCCAAACCGUGCCCGGCUCUACGGACCUCAUACAAACAAGCCUGCAAAAGACAAUGGAGAGUCUUUCCGCUAGCCGAAUCGACCUCUCAGACUUCACAAAGUUGGUUGAGUAUUUUUGUGCCGACUUCGUGCAACUGUUUGGACACUUGGAGGCUGAAGCUUGCCAAAAGUUGUUGCUGACCUUGCUUUCGAAGCUAUCAAACUUCGAUAGCGAAGUUGGCGAGCACAUCAGUCACUCGCUUUCCCAGACUAUCUUCCAGCAGGGAAGCUCUUCGUUGCAGGAUACGUAUUCCUCGGCACUUUUACAGACCCUCGAAAAAAACGAAGAUAAUCGUGCCCAUGCUAUCGCGGUCAAGUCAUUCUUGCACAUGAGUCCUUUGGCGCUUUCGCGAGAGAGGCGAGAGGCAAUACUGGACCGCAUAACCGAGCUUCUUGCUUCAGGGUCAAAGGAUUCUGCAGCGUUGCUAAGCAUUGUGGCGCAUCUCAUGGAGGUUUCCAACGCAACCGCGAAGAUCUCGACCGAGGGUGGCCUGGCUUUCAAGAUUGCCGAAACUUUGCAUAAGCAGGGCCUUGAGUCGCCUGCGUCCCUUCAAUCACUUCAGCACCUUGUUCAACUGACACUUGGUCAUAUCUUCCCAAACCAAGGCCAGCCUCAGAACCAGGUUUUCCUUGGCGAGUUUAGGAUUCAGGUCGGAUCGGUCACCAAGAAGAAAGCACAAUGCUCUGCAGCCCAACUGGUGAUACUCCGUGCAGCUGUUUCUGUCCAGAAACAAAACGCGCUGAUCGAUCUCGAGCGCUAUGUGGCCGUGCUGAAGCAGUGCCUUGCCGAUGACAGUGGUAGUAGCGCGUCCCUCCAAGAUGUGCUAGAUGCGUUGAACGAGUUGUCUCCGCUUGCCCUCCAGGAAGCCAAGCUCUUCGAUACAACGCAAGCUUGGUUGCGCACAUGGAUCAACGACAAUGCCGACUUGGAGUCUUAUAUCACCUCCGAAGGAGAAAGCCCAGCCGAAUUGGCCGAAUACGUCGCACGACUGCAAACGGCAAUGGCAAGAUAUAGUCUGCAUCCGAACGCGACCUGGCUGGUCAAACUUACCUUCAAACUUGUCCGCGAGCCGAUCGCCGAUGAAAUGAAGGAGACCGCGUUUGAGACAGUUAAACACGCCCUCGCACCUCUCCCAAUCCCCGAGAAGCUGGACUUGAUCCCUGUCUUGGCCGAUGUCCAAGAUCCCCUGAACCACGCUGCAUCAUACCGUCUCCUUAAUAUCCUCAUCUCGACCUUAGACGACAAGUUAGAAAUGGACCCUCAGCUUCGACACAAGCAACUCGCUCUGCUACCGAAGAUAUGCGUUCUCCUCGCCUCAUGCGCCGACCACCCAUCCUCCAACGCACUCCUCACCAGCAUCAACACAAUCCUCGACUCAAAGCCCUCCCUCGCAUCCCAACACAGCAUCGAAACCGUACUCAGCGUCCUAGUAAAACUCUCAUCACGCAGCAGCCCCGCCCUCCCAGCCACACACGCACCCCUCAUCUACUCACGCCUCUGCGAAACAAGCCGUCUAAUCCUCCUCCUACACCGCGGACGUCUAGGCGGCCGCUUCCACCUAGUCCUCCCCCUCCUCCAAAGCCUCCUCUUCUGCCUCUUCACGCCCAACCACGGCCGCACCGGCGCACUGCCCCCCUGGCUACGCUCCGCAUCCCUCCCGCCCACCAGCGCAACGCAAUACUCGCGCAUCCUCCUCACACUGUGCAACCCCCCGCAAUCAUCCGUCAAAGCGGCACAUCACCCCAAGAAAUCAAAAGAUCUUAACGACCCUGUUAAGGCGGCGAGGGAAUACACGUCCCACUUCUUGUACCCGCUGCUCGCGGCGUUUUGCAAAUUCCAGCUCGGAGGGCGCCUGGAGGCGGGCGUGAGGGAGAAGCUUAUGCCUGGUGUGUGGGAGGCGGUUGGUACGGCGGGUGUGCAUAGGGAGGGGCUGGAUGCGAUGUUUGCGGGGAUGGGACGUAGUGAGAAGGAUGUUUGGAGGGGGGUUUGGAGUGAGUGGGAGGGGGUGCAUGGGAGGAAGAGGGUUGUUGGUGAGGAAGCUUAG